AUAAGUGGGCUCCAACCCAUUGAAACAAUAAGGGAGAAAAAAAAUGGGCCAUCUUGCUCCCUUCUCUCUCUCAGUCCUCCAUUGAAGCGCUCUUGACGAUCUCCAUUGAAGCGCACUCAACAUCGCACUUAUCAUUCUCCAUUACUAACUGUUUUUUCUGAGCAGCUUCUGAGCAAUUACCCCUAAUUUCUCAAAACCUUACAAAGCUUCAUCAGUAGAGGUUUAACAUUCCUUUUACUACUCCCUAUUUUUCGCCCCACCCACUAGAAAAAAACAACCCCUCUUUACUUUUUAGUUCUUCCCAACAAUGAAGAAGAAACGAACCCCAGAAACCCAACUACAAUACGAACUGGGUACUUGUUCCAAGCAAAACGAUCUCAAAAAAGCAAUUUCUCUUUACAAUUCAGCUUUAUCCCAAAACCUCCGUCUCUCUCAUCAUCACUUCAAUUCAAUCCUCCAUCUUUGUUCGUCACCUGAAUCUCUCUCCUCUCCCAACAAAUCAUUUGCUCUUGAAAAUGGGUUUCGUGUUUUCGAGCAUAUGCAAUCCAAUAAAAUCCCACCAACUGAGGCUACAAUUACCCAAGUUGCGCGCCUUGCAGCUGCCAAAAAUGAUCCAGAUUAUGCAUUUGAGUUGAUCAAAUGUGCAAGGGAUAAAGGGGUUUCGCCACGGUUGAGGACUUAUGGUCCUGCAUUGUUGAAGUACUGUGAGAAUUUGAGGAUUGAAGAAGCUUAUGGUGUGGAGGAGCAUAUGAAGGGUAAUGGGGUGAAGUUAGAAGAGGGAGAAUUGAGUGCCCUUUUAAGGGUUAGUGCUGAAGUUGGGAGAGAGGAGAAGGUGUAUGAAUAUUUGAGUAAGUUGAGGGGGGUGGUGAGGGGUGUGAGUGAGGAGACUGCUGGGGUUGUGGAGAAGUGGUUUCAAGGGGCGAAGGCGGCCGAGGUUGGUGUCGAGGCAUGGGAUGUUGGGAAGGUGAGGGAAGUGAGGGAGAGGUGUGGGGGUGGGUGGCAUGGGAUGGGGUGGUUAGGGAAGGGACCUUGGGAGGUGAAGAGGGUUAAGAUUGGUUAUAAUGGGGUAUGUUGUGGGUGUGGGGAGCGGUUGGUUUGUGUCGAUAUCGAUUGUGGGGAGACCGAGAGGUUUGCGCAAUCAAUUGCUGGUUUGGCUAUGGAGAGGGAAAUCAAGUCUGAUUUUAAGAGUUUUAUGGAGUGGAUUGAUAGCCAUUCAGGUUAUGAGGCUAUAGUAGAUGGAGCAAAUAUUGGGCUCUACCAGCAAAAUUUUUCGGAGGGAGGGUUCAGUAUCGCACAGCUUGAAGCUGUAGUAAUGGAAUUGUAUACUAGGAAUAAAAGGUGGCCUUUGGUUGUCUUGCACAAGAAACGUCUACGAGCAUUUCAGGAGAACCCUUCCAGUCAAAAACUGCUUGAGGAAUGGCUAUCUCAAGGCAUACUCUAUGCUACACCUAGUGGAUCAAAUGAUGAUUGGUAUUGGCUCUAUGCUGCUGUAAAGAUGAAGUGCUUGCUUGUCACAAAUGAUGAAAUGCGUGAUCAUAUUUUUGAACUCCUUGGGAGCAGCUUUUUUCUGCAGUGGAAGGAACGGCAUCAAGUCCAUUAUACGUUUGGGAAAGGAGUUCCUAAUCUUAAAAUGCCUCCAACAUACUCUAUUCUUAUUCAGGAAUCAGAGAAUGGAUCUUGGCAUAUCCCAAUAGCCAGUGAAAACACCGACGAGCUCUCAAGAAGUUGGCUUUGCAUCACUAGGCCGAGUAGUUUUAGCAACUCUUCCAAUUCGGGUGAGUCAAUGCAUAUUACAUCAAAAAAUUGCAGCAACGGAGGCCAUCACAGUUCUGGAAAUGGGGUUGCAUCCCUGACUGGUAAAAGGAAGGAGAGAGAUCCAUCUCCUUCCAGACUGGAUUAGUUCAUCAGUAACAAUUUAUUUUAUUUUUACUCCAUUGCACGGCUCCUUUUGCUUCUCCAUGGCUAUGAAAUAGAUCAUUACCCACAAUUUACAGCCACAUAAAGUAUGCACGGUAUAUCUUUUUUUGACCUGACUGUAACAAUUUUUUGAAGAGGGAAACUUUCAGGCAGGCUAUUAUUUGUCUGACUGUUGAAAUUUGCUUGUACUUAUUUGGUGGUAUAUCACAAGUUAAAUGACAUUAUAUAA